CGUCUACCACAGAAGAUAUUUUGUCAAGACCAAGUGCUACGCAAUGAGAAAAAAUUGAGGGAGUUCGAGUAUUGCUCAUAUUCGCUAUAGUCUGACCGUGGACGCAUCCCAUGGCCAAACCCACGCCACAUACUCUCGUCUUGCAGCUCAGCGCUUCCAUCGCGAUUAGCAGUUGCAUAUCCUAAGGAAGAACUGCUAUUGCUUCUGAGGCCAGUACAACCAAAUAACAAAUGUCCGCCGACACCCCUUUUUCUGACGACUACGUCGCCAAUCUACUCAAGAAAGAUGCGCGAGACAGUUCGGUGAGGUAUUCCGCUCUUGGGCUACAGGCGUUUCUUCCUCAAAGACCCUCUUCAAAUGCACCGAAGCCAAAUACGAGAUUUCUUCGAAACAUCAUCCGAGACACCGAUAAUCACAAUGCCGCCCUCCUUGCGAAAGAAGCACAAGAGGCAAGGGCUCGGCUGAGGGCGCUGCGCGAAGGGGAGCCCAGAUCAAAGCAUGAGCACCGAUCAAGUGCAAGUGACUACGCUGAGAACAAACGAAAGCGAAUGGAAGUUGCGGAGUCUGAAAGCAAUAUACGAAGAUCUAGUGAAAAGUCGUCCUCAGCUCGAAUACGUCACCAACGGUCCAGGCGUGACGAGGUGAAAAGAGAUGGUCACGACGAUAGUGACAGAGAACACUCGCGACAUCCGCAUCGGCAUAAUUCAAGGGAGCACCGACGACGUCAUCGGAGCAGAUCCAGAGAGGGUCACUCAAGCCAAAGAUCUGCUCGAGACUCACAUCGUCAUUUACGUCGACACCAUCGAAGCUCUCGAUCACGUUCUCCUCAUGGCGAAAGAGUAUCGCAACAUCGAAGAUCGCAUCGACCCCGAUCUGUAUCAUAUUCGCCCGAAAGGCACAAUGACUCUGCUCCUAGCCGCUCCAAACGGGCGAAUUUCUCUCCUAAAAUUGGAAUGGGGACAUCAAAAAGCAAACGGUCUCCGUCACUUACGUCGGACUCUGAUCCGUUGGAGGCAAUCAUUGGUCCCCAACCGCCGACUGCAGAACCUAAGGUCCGUGUACGAGGGCGCGGUGCUUUAUCAUCUUCUUCCGGCAUUGACAACCGCUUUGCGUCCGGCUACGAUCCAUCCACCGACGUACAACCGAAUGUAGAGGACGAGGAUGACUGGGACCAGGCACUUGAAGCCUUAAGGGAUCGGCAGCGCUGGAAGCAAUCCGGCGCGGACAGGCUUCGAGCGGCUGGUUUUACGGAAGAGGAAGUGGAUAAUUGGAAGAAGGGUGGAGAGAGGAGUGAAGCAGAUGUUCGAUGGGCAAGGCGAGGCGAAGGACGGGAAUGGGACAGAGGAAAGGUUGUAGAUGCAGAAGGCGAUAUUGACUUGAAGCCCGAAUGGGGCCGGCUCAAAGACACCUAGCUUGGCGGGCUGAAAAGGCAUUAGAGAUGUACAUAUUCGAUGCUUGCAGAACAGUUGCAAGCAAUUCAGCUUUUGUGAUACCCCUAACACCAAU